GUUCUGUGGUCAAAAUUGUCAAAAUUGUGUGGUUGGUUUUGGUUGUGGUUAGUUUGUUGCUGAAUUUUAUUUUAAUAAAUUAGGAAAACUAAAAAAAACUAUGGAAGUAAUUGUGGCAAAUGUGGAUCAUAUAAAAUUUGAUAUAGAUUUUGCCCUCGAGCAACAAUAUGGAGCGCUACCACUACCGUUCCCCGGAAUGGACAAAUCUACAGCGGCUGUGUGUGAGUUUUUUGGUACACCGGUGGGCUGUAACAACGGCCCACAGUGUCCCUACAGGCAUGUACGAGGCGAUCGAACCGUCGUAUGCAAGCAUUGGCUCAGAGGACUGUGUAAAAAGGGCGACCAGUGCGAGUUCCUGCACGAGUAUGACAUGUCCAAAAUGCCUGAGUGCUACUUCUAUGCUAGAUUUAAUGCUUGUCACAACAAAGAAUGUCCAUUCCUGCACAUAGACCCUGAGAGCAAAAUAAAGGACUGUCCAUGGUAUGACAGAGGUUUUUGCAGACACGGGCCUCAUUGCAGACACCGCCAUGUCAGAAGAGUAUUGUGUAUUAACUACUUGGCUGGAUUCUGCCCCGAUGGCUCCGGCUGUAAAUACAUGCAUCCAAGAUUUGAAUUACCAGCACCUCCUGAACAAACCAAGGAUGCCAAACGUCUUCCAGUAUGUCACUAUUGUUCCGAGGUGGGACAUAAAGCGUCACAUUGCCACAAGAUGCCUCCUGAGCAAAAGGAGCAAGCUCAAAAACAGGAAGAAGCUAGAUACCGAGCUCUUGGGUAUGUCAAGCCAGCCGAAGAAGGUAACGUUAAUCCCAAAGCCUACCCCUUGGCGGACGCGGCGCUGACCGCUAAGAUUCUGAAUCUCGUGCAGCAGUCUGCCAACUACAAGCAGCUGCGGAAGGGCGCCAAUGAAGCCACCAAGACAUUAAACAGAGGACUGUCUGAGUUCAUCAUAAUGGCCGCUGAUGCUGAACCUUUGGAGAUCGUACUGCACAUUCCCAUUCUGUGUGAAGACAAAAACGUGCCAUAUGUGUUUGUGAGAUCUAAGCAAGCUCUGGGACGAGCGUGCGGUGUGUCCCGACCUAUUGUGGCCUGCUCCAUUACGAUUAAUGAGGGCUCGCAACUCAAACCACAAAUACAAAGUAUUCAACAAGAGAUAGAGAGACUCUUAGUGUAGUGUGUAUGUUAAACACUAUAUUUUGAAAUACAAAAAUCAAAAUCUAA